AUGCAGGCUAACGAGUCAAAAAGCUUCCAUUGGCAAAGGAAGACAAGUUCCAUUGAACGCAUCCCGACUGCAUUAUGCCAGCAACCGGCAAGUAAAUGCGAGCCAACUUCAGCUCGACAGCCUUUAACCCACAAGCAAUUCUCUCAGGAAUACGAACGUUCCUCCUCACUUAGUGAAUUGAUCGCUCCAAAGCUGCACCGAAAGGAGGUGUUUGAGUCGGCUCUUGGUGCCUCUGUGCCUGUUGAUCGUGACUUGGCCUCCAAGUUGACUGUCACUUCUCCAAAAUCGGGCAAUUCUAUCUAUGAUCGCGUGGCCGCUGCUCUCAAUCAUUCAGAGAAUUUACCAGUUCAAAUUCUUGGCCUGCCACCAGACCAUAGGAGGCAUUCAGCCUUCGCUUCCACUACCACACAUAUAACCGCCUCCAUCGAUCACACAAAAUCUACAUCCGGCUCCAGCCAACAAAGCUCAGGAUCAUCCUACACGGGCUCUGUGGGUAAGCAACAUACCAUGAUUGCACCAGCCACACUAUCUAGUAGUACCAGUACGGUAGCUACAACAACGUCUAAAUCUCAUGUUUCAACUCACGUGAGGCAACGGCUCAAGGACUGUGUGCUCAACAAAAGGAGGAGUAAGGAAAGUGUGACCACAGGUUCUGGCACGGCGUCAUUCGUAUCUCCGUCAAUGGAAUUGGAUGAAGAUCGGGGUCCCAACGCCACGGGCUGCCCAAAUCACACAAUCGACUCUGAAAGGGUAUUUAACAGUGGUUAUGGGGUAUCACAGAUGAUGUGCACGACAAGUCAACUUACUCCUGGACAGCGAUCAGCCUUCCUCACGGACACCGGAAAGCAGCUGGCCAAUCUGCCACCUUGGGUAUUCAUCGCGCUUUCUGCAGGACAGGAAAUACGCUUUAAUAUUGAUGCUUCGAUGGUGGCGCCAAGAAACACAUCAGUGUUGCUACGUAAAACUCUUUCAGAGCCUAGCCUUAAAGUGCGUGGUAGCAGUGGAGGCUUAAAGCAUAAGACAAACAGAAGCGAUAGAAGAAGCGUUAACCCACUAGCUGUUGCUGCGGCUGUUGCGAGCUCUGCUCCAUAUUUUAGUCAUCAUACACGCGGCUCGCGGAGCAUCAGCGAGGCCGGAGAUGUUGGGCAGUGUCUGGGACUCCAAAAAACCUCCUCUCGACCAUUACCUACACUCUCGCAACUCACAUUGGAGAAUAAGGAACUAUCGAAGCAUUCCGAAGAAAAUGACAAUACGCCGAUGGAGGUGGCCAGCGAAGUUGACUCCCGUACAGUUACCGCCAGCAUGAAUUGUGGUACGGCCGAUGUGGAUAUGAAUGAGACACAUGAAGCCAUGUCGAAGUCACCGCAACGCUCUGAUGAUAACGAAGCUGUCCAGGAAUUUCUUGCCGCCCUGGCUACUAAUCCAGUUGCCAUGAGUGGAGGAUUACUAAAAGCAACCCAAAAUUAUCUUACUUUAGUUCGUGAAUAUAUGAAACAAGAGAAAAAUAAGAAUAGUCGAGGAGGUAGUCCAAAGAGUAUGGACCAGUCAGUGGGUUUAUCGAAAGAAAGUUCAGAGCUAUGUGAGCCUGGGAGAGGUAGACAGCAGCCAAGUCAAGCACCAUAUCGUCGAUGCAAGCAGGUUUCUGGCCUUCUCAGUCGCACC